AUGGCGAGCGUGGAAAAAAUAACCAUAAUUUAUAAUUUUCCAAAAGCGACCGAAAAAUAUGCGGCCGAUAUCGCCCAAUUGGAGAGGGUCAAAGACGAAAAAGAAACCCGUGAAAAGACUAUUAUUAGUUUGGAUAUAAUUAAGAGUUGGGAAAAUGAAGAAGUUAACCAAGUCUUCAUUACUACCUUCAAAGCUAACGCUCCCACUGCCAACGCUUGGGAUG